GCCAGUGGAGUGUUUUGGAGUGUGAGGUGGUCGUUUGACAGAAAGCUCGUCACUUUGCGGAAAAAGUCGGAAAAGUGUUUUUCCUCCUGCGUGCAAUCGUCGUUGAACUCGACUUUCAUGGCGACUUUUGACCAGGCAGCGGUAGAAAAGUGUCCCCGUGGAAUUCGACGAUGAACGGAUCUAAUCGUUUGCUCGAAUCGUAAGAUUUACAUCGCAUCGCAACUACAAAUUUGACAAUAAAUUAUAAAGAUAACUCGCACGUAUAUACUCAAUAGUUUAGCGAAAAUUUGUUAAGAGAAAUGAACCCAGAAAACGAUCGGGGAUAUCCCCGCAAUACCCCAAAUACCUAUCCGAAGUUGAGCAAUGAUUCAGCCCUGGACAAAUCAGAUGUCCCUAAGAAUCCGGAACGCUUUGUUUUGGAAAUGCGAAAACGCAGUCCAAACACUACCCCAGCCAGUACAGUAUUAAAUUCGCCGGAUCUAACGGAAGUUCACUAUUCUCAAAACCAUCAGCAUCAGAUUCGGGUAGGAAGAAGUCCCGUCAGUCAGCAUGCUAAUCACACUUCGUCGACUAGUCCUGGCUCGCCUACCGAUGUAGGGAAAGUGAGUAUUGGAUUGGUAAGAGAAGGUGAAAUUGUUGUUUUCGAUGAUAUCGAUACGAAUUGGAUCAAGACGCCUGAAACUGAAAUUAGCAAUGAGGAUGUGUUGAAAGUGACGAAAAUGAUCGGUCAGUUACCCAUUGCUGAGUACGAGGGCUCACCCCGACGAAUCGGGAACCAUCAAUACGAUAUGCAGCAGAAAAAUUUCCAGACGGAAAGUGUUAAUGCAAGCACUCCGUCGUCGUUGAUACCACCGCGACCUGGUUUCCCGCAAAGAGUAUCGACGAAUGGUCAUGAAACAGAGGCUUCAAAUAACGACGAGCUUGAUGAUUCAAAGAAUAACGGCGAUAAUGUUAGUAGUAAAACACCGGCCUUUGAUUAUCUAUACGAAUUUUCCGAGACUAGAAAAGUUUUAGAAGAGUUUUUCAAAUGUCCAGCUGCCGACGAUGAGAAGAAAUUCAGCGAUUGCGCUGAAAGCGAUGAUUUGGGAAGUUAUGACCAAGAUUAUGCUAGAGCAGUAGAUGAGUCGGAGAAGGCGUACAUUGGACAACGACUAGCUCGCAUUCAAGAUGAAGAGUUUGUGAUUCAUAAGUCAUCUUCUAAGCGGGCGGUUGAAGAUUACGAUCAAAACGACUUUGAACUGUACAUUGACUCGAAUAGUAGAAGUAGCGGAGAAAUAGUUGACACUGAGCUGGCAGUGAACGUACGUCGCCAUUCGCGGAAUUUCACCCUGUCACCGGAAACAACUGAUUACGACUCAAACUGUGGCGAUUUAGAUAGUCUCUCGAAUGAUAUGAAUUGUCAGACGGACUUCGGCAGACUAUACACUAGCAUGCCUGUCUUAGAAGAUGGUCUAUCAAGUGGACAUGCGUCGGAUACUGAGAAUAAUUUGUCGGUUAUAUUAGAUAGGACAUUUAUAGAGAUGACUCCCAUGGAGAAUGUUAAGACGGAACCGAAUUGUGAAAAGGAGAAUUCAAUAGCAUAUAAUGAUGCCGAACUGACUAGUAGUAACAAUGUAAAUCACUAUAAGAACAAUAAAGAUAGCAAAUAUGAACAAGUUCAUUCCAUUAUACAAUCAACUCCUCCACCGUCCCCUGCACCUGUUCCCGUUAGAGCGGUAGUUGUAAAUGAAACUGAGCGACAGGACAUUCAGGAGGCUCUGAAAGAUAUUCGAUCAAUCCUGCAACGCACGAAAACACUUCCAGGGAAAACAAAGUACAGUGACGAAUCGAACCUGGUGGAACGAGAUUCUCCAGUGUGGGUGCCGCGUAAUAGUUCGCCAGAUGAAAGUGUGGUAGCAGAAUGCACACAAAAGGACCAAGUCCAAGAAGAAGAGGAGGCUGACACUGAUUUAGAAACUGAUAGGCUACUAGGACAACAAAGGUUGGACGAUAAGGGAUUCUAUGAUGACAAGUCAUGUGGAAAAGCGUCCCGCUUGAAAUCGCCCAUAAAUUCAACCAAUAUGUUGUCCUCAGUGGGUGUAUCUUCACCGACUGGCACAAAUCAUACAAUAGGUGGAAAAUCUCAAACAUUCUCAUCGGCGACCGUACGUCAAGGUAUAGGAACAUCUCUAACAUCGCCGGCCGAGAGGGGAAAAGUGCUCAAUAUAGACGAAGUUGCUGCUUCGUCACCCGAAAACCUACAGUACACAAAAAGUCCGACUGGAUCAAUAAAGUCAAAGACGAAUGCCGACAUUGAUCCCGGAAGUGAUAAAAAGUCGAAAUCUCGCAAUAAAGAAGCUUUACUGGAUCCUGCAGUGUUAAUUGAAGGUGUUUUAUUUCGAGCACGAUACUUGGGCUCAACACAGUUAGUUUGUGAAGGACAACCCACUAAAUCGACACGAAUGAUGCAGGCAGAAGAAGCUGUUUCUAGAAUUAAGGCUCUGGCUCCCGAAGGCGAAAGUCAACCGAGUGCAGAAGUCGAUUUGUUCAUUUCAACGGAGAAAAUUAUGGUCCUGAACACAGAUCUGAAAGAGAUCAUGAUGGAUCACGCGCUACGUACAAUCUCCUACAUUGCCGAUAUCGGUGAUUUGGUUGUUUUGAUGGCACGACGCCGCUUUGUUCCUUCUGAAAAUGAUGAGAAUGUGAAACCGAAUCGAACCCCUAAAAUGAUCUGUCACGUUUUUGAAAGUGACGAAGCACAAUUUAUAGCACAAUCAAUUGGUCAAGCCUUUCAGGUGGCCUACAUGGAGUUUUUGAAGGCAAACGGAAUUGAAGAUCAUAGUUUUGUGAAGGAAAUGGAUUAUCAAGAAGUGCUCAAUAGUCAAGAAAUAUUUGGUGAUGAAUUGGAAAUUUUCGCGAAGAAAGAAUUACAAAAAGAGGUAGUUGUACCGAAAGCAAAGGGUGAGAUACUUGGCGUUGUGAUAGUAGAAAGUGGAUGGGGUUCUAUGCUUCCGACUGUUGUGAUCGCGAAUCUAAUGUCUUCUGGUGCAGCUGCACGUUGCGGUCAGUUGAAUAUUGGUGAUCAACUGAUUGCUAUUAAUGGCAUGAGUUUGGUGGGUCUUCCAUUGUCCACGUGUCAGAAUUACAUUCGUAAUACAAAAAAUCAGACUGCAGUAAAAUUUACGGUUGUGCCUUGUCCGCCAGUUGUCGAAGUGAAAAUCAAACGACCGAACACGAAGUACCAGCUUGGAUUUAGCGUACAAAAUGGAGUGAUAUGCAGCCUUCUUCGAGGCGGCAUUGCGGAAAGAGGCGGAGUUCGUGUCGGUCAUCGGAUAAUUGAAAUUAAUAACCAAAGCGUUGUGGCUGUACCACAUGAGAAGAUAGUUAACUUGCUAGCGACAUCAGUGGGAGAGCAGAUCUUGAUGAAGACGAUGCCAACUUCAAUGUUUCGCCUGUUAACGGGACAAGAAAAUCCGAUUUACAUCUAAUAGCAUAAAAGUGUAUGUGGCAUUAUUUACUCCGAUAACUUAUUCUCAAUAUCCUAGGCACACAGUAAGAAUUUAAUGGGAAAAUGAAAUGAAAACUCAUUGAAAUAGGUUGAAAUAAGUGAAACUGGAAAAGAAAGCAAUCAAGUCAAAUAUUUUUCUCAAGUUGAUAGUUUUAUUUGAAACGGAAAAGAUCGAAUGGCAUUAUUUACACAGAAGCAUAAUUUUCAAUAACUCUAUGAUACACAAACUACAUAUAAAUACGUCUAUAUGCUGCAAACAUACAUAUUACAAGCCUAUGCUUCCCUAUACGAUUAAGAUAAAGUAUUUGUUGAAAUUUUAUUUAUGUAUUUAUGCUUAGGUUCUUUAAGUUGUUUGGUUUAGUUAGAUCUGUUUUCAAUUAACAUUUGUCAAUCUGAAAGUUCAAUGGAGGUGUGGUGAUGUCACCCCAAUCAGGUUUGUCUUAUGAUCCAUCGCACGUUUAUUGUUAACGAAUGUUAGGCAAGUUUUUUUUAGUUUUAUCACGUUGUUAACGAAAUCGUGUAUCUCAAACGUGCCAUAGUUUCGUCGUAUUUAUCUUUUUUUUUGUAAUUUGCUUUUGAUGGAAUUGCACAAAUGAUUAAAUAAAUAUUUUUUUAUUAAAU